AUGGCUCUUCCGGUUAAGAACUUGGGAAUACCGGGAGCAUUUGAGGCUACGUGUGGGAUUCAAGCACCGACUACAUGUGCUAACAAUUUUGAGAUCAAGCCCGCCUUGAUCAAUUUGGUGCAAAGUCAUCCUUUUUGUGGGAAACGCAAUGAGUCGCCUCACGAGCAUCUCAAGCAGUUUGAGCACUAUUGUGACACAAUAAAACACAACGGUGUAACCUUGGAUUAUGUGAGAUUGACUUUGUUCCGCUUCUCUUUGCUUGGGCGUGCUAGUGAUUGGCUUGACAAGGAGGUCAAGCCCAACUCACUUCGCACAUGGAACGAAGUAACCAGUGCCUUCUUGAACAAGUUCUAUUCUCAUGGGAAGACGGCGGAGUUUCGCCACAAGAUUCAAUCAUUUGAGCAAGGGCGUGAUGAAUCGCUUUUCGAGGCUUGGGACCGAUUCAAGGAGUACCAAAGGGAAUGCCCUCAUCAUGGGAUUCCCAAGUGGUUGUUGCUACAAACCUUUUACUUAGGAUUGAGUCCAAGCCCGAAAACAAGUGCAAGAAUUUAUGAUGGGAAAAGUAGGAAUGAGGAUGGAAAGGGUUCGAUGUACGCCAUAGAGCAAGCACGGAUGAUAGAGAAGCUUAGCUCGAGAUUAGAGAAGCUUGAAAAUACACCAUUUGUGGGAAGUGCAGCAAGCAAGCCUCCAUCUCCAUCUACAAUUCCACCUCCCUCGGCCACUCUUCUCAAUAAGGGGAAGGGCAAGGGAGAUGAGUCCUCGGACCAUGAUGAUGAGGAAGGGAAGUCUCAUGUCGAUGGCAUGAGUGAUGGUGAUAAGUCGAAAGAGACUACCCUUCUUCCUCUCCCAACUCCUACUCCCCCCUACCCUCAAAGAUUUGCCGGUAAGAAGAUGGAUGACCAAUUCCACAAAUUCUGGGAAACCAUUAGCAAACUUUAUGUGUCAUUAUCUUUUACCGAGGCACUCAAACAAAUGCCCCACUACUCAAGAUUCAUGAGGGACAUUCUUAGUGGCAAGAGAGGGUGUGAACCCAAGGAGUCCGUUCAACUCACGGAGAGUUGUAGCGCUCUAAUUCAGCACUCCUUUCCCCCAAAACUCAAUGAUCCCGGGAGUUUUUCUAUCCCUUGUAGCAUUCAAAAGCUAAAAUUUGAGAAUGCUCUUUGUGAUUUGGGGGCAAGUGUGAGCAUCUUGCCAUAUAAGAUUUUUGAGAAGCUUACUCUUGGUGAUCUCUCUCCUACCGCUAUGUCAUUGCAACUAGCCGAUCGAUCGGUUAUGUUGCCAUUGGGUAGGAUUGAGGAUGUUCCCCUCGUAGUUGGCAAGCUUGCUUUUCUUGUUGACUUCGUUGUCUUGGACAACGAUGAGGAUGCCCACACCCCCAUCAUCUUGGGGAGGCCAUUCUUGGCCACCGCGGGUGCCCUUAUCGAUGUGCAAGGGGGACUUAUCACCUUGAAGGCUGGAGAUGCCAAAGCUAGCUUCAAGCUCACUAUUGAUGAUCAAUGUUGUCCCAAAAUGAAAAGUUGCAUGAAAAUCGACACUCUUGCUUGUGUUGAGAACAACCAUACUUGUGCUAAUUCUUCUAACGAUUUUCAUGUUUCUAAGUGUGCUAAUAAGCUUGCUAGGUCCCCUCUCGGUGAAAAGGAAGUCCAUGGAGAUCCAAAGGCUCUUGGGGAUGAGUUUGAUGAUGUUGUAACCAUCCCCGAGUUAUUUGAGAUGCAUGAUGAAGAUGUUAAUGGAGCUAAACGCUCCAAGGUGUUCCAUAGGUCGGCUAAGAAAGCCAAGAAGUCCAAGAAGGUCAAGAAUCCAUCAACUCCCGAGGAGGGGCAUGUUGGUGGAUCGUUUGGCUUUCGUCUCUUGAAAGGCGGUAUCGGUAAGAUCUUUGUGCCCAAAGGGGCAAAGAAGUGCAUGGUGACUAGUGUUGACCCAAAGUUGGUCGUGUUUGACCCCCCUUGA